AAAUCAAGUCAGUGUUUGGUGGAGAUUGUCGACAGUAUCAUCUCUCUGCUGCCAUUGUGCGGGUAAUUCACUCAAAUAAGUGGCAUCGCUUCUCGAAACGACGGCUUGUUCUUGUAAAAUAAAAGUCUUGUUCUUGCGUAGGUUAUUCUUGUAAAAGAACAGGUCCUCCGCAGAAUAGAUUUUAGCAACAUUGUGUUUUUGGAUGACAGUAGGUGUUGUUACCUCCCAGAAGACUGGACUUCCUUGUGUGCCCAAUCUGAGUUCAGAUAGCAUGACGUUGUCUCGAUCAUUGAUGAUUCUAGUCAUUGUGGGGAUGAUGUCAUCAUUCUGCCACAUGGAGACAAUUGAUGACGACACAGUGGUUGUCAAUGCCAUUGAUAAUAAUGAUCUGCCAGAGAAUGACAAUGCUGGUGCUGGAAUCGAACCGGUGACAGCAAAUAAUCCUCGGAUCACCGAUGUGCUGACCAACAGUCAAGGUCAUUCGUGCGUGUGUGUGCCUUUCUAUCGGUGCAGUGUCAACAAUACCCUAAUCACUGACGGUGCCGGCAUCAUCGAUAUAAGAUCGAAACCUGAAAGCCUGUGCCCACACUACAUGGAUGUCUGCUGUGAGAAUAAUCCAACAGACGGCCGGAAUCCUGCGGAGGAUAGAGUCGAACCAGUUUCUACAACUGAUCCGCCGUUAGUGAAUGAACACUCUACAACCAAUCCGCCUUUAGUGAAUGAACAUUCUACUACAUCUAAUCUGCCGUUUGUGAAUGAACAGAAAGAGGGAUGUGGCUGGAGACACACGGGUGGUGUCCGCUUCAGGAUCACGGGAAACGUCAACAACGAAGCGCAAUUUGGCGAGUUCCCCUGGAUGCUCGCGCUGCUCGUCAACAAUCGCAUCGACGAGAAUACCACACUCAAACUGUUCGCGUGCGGCGCGUCGCUCAUACAUCCGCAGGUCGUUCUGACUGCCGCGCAUUGCAUCAAGGGUCGCAACACCAACGAUCUGAUGAUAAGAGCUGGAGAGUGGGACACUCAAACGAAGAACGAAAUUCUGCCCCAUGUCGACGUGAAUGUGGGUGAAAGCAUAGUGCACGAGAACUACUAUGCCGGAGGUCUGCACAACGAUAUAGCACUGCUCGUCCUUCAACGGCCUCUCCAGUUGUCCGAAUACAUAAAUACAGUUUGCCUUCCACCCCGCAACACAGUGCCCAACAUUGCUACAUGCACUGCUACAGGCUGGGGCAAGGAUGAGUAUGGCAAAGAGGGGAAGUACCAAGUAAUAAUGAAGAAAAUAGACCUUCCGAUUGUUCCAAGACAUGUAUGCGAGACAAAAUUGAGGCAGACAAGGCUGGGACAAUUUUUCAGACUGCAUGAUAGUUUUGUUUGUGCCGGCGGAGAGCUGGGACGUGAUACUUGUAAGGGCGACGGAGGAGGUCCAUUGGUUUGUCCAAUAGCAGGCACUCAGGAGCGUUACUACCAGACCGGAAUCAUAGCCUGGGGCAUAGAAUGUGGAACCGCCACACCUGGCGUUUAUGUCAACACCGCCCUAUUCAGAAACUGGAUAGACCAGAAGAUGCGACUCUUCAACUUUGACACAUCUUACUACAAUUAUCAGUGAAUGCUUUCAACCAAUGAUUUGAAUUAUUUAAUAGUUGAUGGCAUGGA